UAGGGUGUUACCAGACCUUUCCACCAGAACUGACUACUUCUGCCUUUGGCAAAUAUUUCACAACACCAUAUGUGUAAGAGAGAGAGAGUGUGUGUGAGAAUGUGUGUAUGUGAAGUGAAUUGUGACGUAAGAGGCGAGUGUCCAGGCAGGAUGAGUAAGAGGGUGUGGUCUAGUACACUCUCUCACACCAGUGCCCAGAGAGGGGGUACAAAGUAAGGAGCUGCCCAGCACAUCGCUCACACUCAGAGAGUACCUGAAGCCUGUGUCCUCAUGGCAAGUGACAGGGGUCCCCAAAUGCUGAGCAGGCCCAGCUAUGGCUCCAUCUCCAGCCCACCCAGCCCAGGACCACAGCAAGUGCCUCCCAGAGAGACCUACCUGAGUGAGAAGAUCCUCAUCCCGGACACAAAAUCGGGCACAUUCAGUCUGCGGAAGCUGUGGGCCUUCACAGGACCUGGCUUCCUCAUGAGCAUCGCUUUCCUGGACCCAGGAAACAUCGAGUCAGAUCUUCAGGCUGGCGCCGUGGCUAAAUUCAAACUGCUCUGGGUGCUGCUCUGGGCCACGGUGUUGGGCUUGCUCUGCCAGCGACUAGCUGCUCGGCUAGGCGUGGUGACAGGCAAAGAUUUGGGUGAGGUCUGCCAUCUCUACUACCCUAAGGUGCCCCGCACCCUCCUAUGGCUAACCAUUGAGCUGGCCAUUGUGGGCUCAGACAUGCAGGAGGUCAUCGGUACAGCUAUUGCCUUCAACCUGCUCUCAGCUGGACGAAUCCCACUCUGGGGUGGUGUCCUGAUCACCAUAGUGGACACCUUCUUCUUCCUCUUCCUUGAUAACUACGGGUUGCGAAAGCUGGAAGCCUUUUUUGGAUUCCUUAUUACUAUUAUGGCCUUGACCUUCGGUUAUGAGUAUGUGGUGGCACAACCCUCCCAGGGAGCACUUCUUCGAGACCUGUUCCUGCCCUCAUGCCCUGGCUGUGGUCAUCCUGAGCUGCUGCAGGCCGUGGGCAUUGUGGGUGCCAUCAUCAUGCCCCACAACAUCUACCUGCACUCGGCUCUGGUCAAGUCUCGAGAGAUAGACCGGACCCGCCGAAUGGACAUCCAAGAAGCCAACAUGUACUUCCUGAUUGAAGCCACCAUCGCCCUAUCUGUCUCCUUCAUCAUCAACCUCUUUGUCAUGGCUGUCUUUGGACAGGCCUUCUACCAGCAAACUAACCAGGCUGCGUUCAACAUCUGUGCCAACAGCAGCCUCCACGACUACGCCAACAUCUUCCCCAUGAACAACCAGACAGUAGCCGUGGACAUUUACCAAGGAGGCUUCCUGAGGCUGCGAUGGUCACGCUUUGCUAGAGUCCUUCUCACCCGCUCCUGUGCCAUUCUGCCCACUGUGUUGGUGGCUGUCUUCCGGGACCUGAAGGACCUGUCAGGUCUCAACGACCUGCUCAACGUGCUACAGAGUCUUCUGCUUCCAUUUGCUGUGCUGCCCAUCCUCACGUUCACCAGUUUGCCUGCCCUCAUGAAGGAGUUUGCCAAUGGACUGCUGAGCAAGGUCAUCACUUCCUCCAUCAUGGUUCUGGUCUGUGCCAUCAACCUCUACUUCGUGGUCAGCUACCUGCCCAGCCUCCCACACCCUGCCUACUUCAGCCUUGUAGCCCUGCUGGCUGCAGGUUACCUGGGCCUCACUACCUACCUGGUCUGGACCUGUUGCAUUGUCCAUGGAGCCACCUUUUUGGCCCACAGCUCCCACCAACACUUCCUGUAUGGACUCUCGGAAGGGAAGGAGGGAGAGACUUCUGGAUGAGCCCCCAUGCAAAGCCUGGCUGCAAGGUGAUAUGCAUGAGGCAGAUUGGCCUGCUGGACAUGGAGAGGCGACUGAAGGCAGCAACACACAGUAGGAGAGUUCUAGAGGCAGGCCCAUAGGGGUCCCUUAGGCACUGUUUACUAUCUUAGACAAGAGAUUAGCUUAUGGGUCUCAGUGUUCUCAUCUGUAAAAUGGGAACAACAACAACCCAGCAAUGGAUGUUAAACAAUUUAACACAACGCCUGGCACUUGGGACUAAAAAAAAAAAAAAAAAAAUCAUUGAAAAAAUAUGUAUUGAGUACUUGUAAGAGUAGCCUGACAGACCUACUUACUAUAGGGAUGGAAAGGGGCAGGACACAGGCUCCAAACUGGUAAAGUAGAAUCUGAUGAAUGCUAAAUAAAUACUAGUUCACUUCUCAUCCCAAAGAGAAGAGAAUUUAAAUCCGCAAAGCAAGAAAUCUCUAGAAGCAUCAACAAGACUUCCUACUCAAAUGUCUGUUUCCCUCCUAUUCCCUGCAACCUUUCUGUUCUGCCUGUAACCCAUUUUCCAGCCAUUAAAAGGAAGAGCAGUUCUCUCUUCUUCAAGGUCUAGGUGAUAAGGAACACAGGAGUCCAUGCCUCCCAGGCCCAAUUCAUUUGCAAUCACCCCAGGGGACCCAGCGGCCUGCACUCCCACGCCACACUCUUAACACUCCUCUGCUAACUCUCAGCUCCCCCUAGAGGUUGGGACGGUGCCGAGUUCAGGCACCCUUACCGUAGCAGGAUGCACUCCUCUCACCCUAGUGUAACCACUGGGAGAGCCCGAGGCUCGGGUCGCAAACCUCGGACUUACCCAGAAUCCUCCUAAGCAAGGAGCUAGUGGCGGGUAGUGUGUGCGUGAGGAACCCCCUGUAGCAGGGAGCAGCCGGGUGACCGACCCUUCGCCUGAUGUUAGAGGCUGCACUUUAUAGACGCUCCCUAGGCUGUUUCUAGGCUCCCCCAAGUUCCUCCUACAGUCCCUGGGACCCGGUCCCGGGAGCUGAGGAGAGCAACACCGUGAAAGGGGCUGUGCACCUUUCCCCAGAGUUGAGCCAGGAACAAGUGCUGUACCUGGGAGUACCCCUAAUUUCCCGGGACCUUGCACGGCCCGCGGCCAGGUUCCCCACUCAGGUUGGGGCGCUUGUUUAUGAGAAGAAUUUCCUAUUUCUUAAAAGGGCAACGAUGGGAGUGGGGCCAGCAAAAAGAUAAGGCGUGGGACAAGUCUGUUGCAACCAGGGCAGCUGCCGCAGAAGAAACCUGGGCAAGAGAGCUACCCACCCUCCUCUGGGCUUGGUAAUGGUAAAGAUGGAGCCCAUGAGAGAUGAUGGAGCAGAUGGAUGGGUGGCAGUUAGUGACGAAAGGCAUCUCCCAGAACUUCCAGUUUCCAGAAAUGCCCCUACUUGUACUUCCUGCACACCCAUCUGGUCAAAUCUCUUGGCAUUAAAUGGGUGUCCGUCCUGUGCCAGGCCCAGUGCUACAGUUAGGGGAGAGAGCCAAAGUCCUGAAUUAAAGAUGUCAGCUUUCUAGGAGCUCACACCCUAGAGGGGUAAAACAGCUAAGUCAACAAGUUACUAAAGCAGGAUGCGGUGAAGGACACUGCCAGUGAGCUGACUCCUGCACAGGAUUGUGAAAGCUGAAAGGGGGUGGUGGUGCGAGGGGCCAGUCCAGGGGCAAUGAGUGUGCUAGGAGUUGGGGGGCUUAUGUGUGCAUAAGUGUUGAGGCAUGAAACGUAGGGAGUUAUUAGAUCA